CCGGAGCUGGGCUUCUCCCCGGUUCGGUCUCCCCCGGCUGGCAGCCACAGUGCCCCCGAGGCAGGCGGGCAGAAGGGCAGGAGGGCCAGCGGGUGGGCAGGGGGCUGCCCUCCCCCCUGGACGCUGGGCCCCGGGCUCGCCCCCCUCCUCCCUCCCCUCGCCCCCCACGAGGAUCUGGCCGAGCCCAAGGCGGGGCGACCGAGGACCCAGAGCCGGGAGCCAGGCGGGGCGAGCGCUGCGCCCAGUGCCAGCGCCUCUGCCCUGCCCCGGGACCGGCCCCGGGGCUCCCACGCCGGACACUCUACUGCGGGACGGCCACGGAGCGCGGCUCGAAGCCAGGCCGGCGACUCUCUCCCCGCGGCUCUCAGCCACCACCAUGGGCAGCAAAACCCUGCCGGCGCCGGUGCCCAUCCACCCUUCCUUGCAGCUCACCAACUACUCCUUCCUGCAGGCGGUGAACGGGCUACCCGCCGUGCCCUCGGACCACCUGCCCAACCUGUACGGCUUCAGCGCCCUGCACGCCGUGCACCUGCAUCAGUGGACGCUGGGCUACCCGGCCAUGCACCUGCCCCGCUCCUCCUUCUGCAAGGUGCCCGGGGGUGUGUCCAGCCUGGUGGACGCCCGCUUCCAGCUGCCAGGCUUCCCCUGGUUCCCGCACGUCAUCCAGCCGAAGCAGGAGGCCGGGGGCGCCCCUUCGAAGACCAAGCCCCGCUUUGACUUUGCCAACCUGGCCUUGGCCGCCACCCAGGAAGACCCCUCCAAGCUGGGGCAGGGCGAGGGGCAGGGCUCGCCGCCGGGGCUGGGCUCCCUGCUGGACGUGGCCAAGCUGUCGCCGGAGAAAAAGCCCACGCGGGGUCGCCUGCCGUCCAAGACCAAGAAGGAGUUCGUCUGCAAAUUCUGCGGCCGUCACUUUACCAAGUCCUACAACCUGCUGAUCCACGAGCGGACUCACACGGACGAGCGGCCCUACACGUGCGACAUCUGCCACAAGGCCUUCCGGAGGCAGGACCAUCUCCGAGACCACAGAUACAUCCACUCUAAAGAAAAACCUUUCAAGUGUCAAGAGUGCGGGAAAGGAUUUUGCCAGUCCAGGACUCUAGCCGUCCACAAGACACUGCACACGCAAGUCAAGGACCUCAAACCCUCCAAAAUCAAAUGUUAAUCAUCCCCAGAAGUCCCGAUAGCCUCCUCACCCCCCGCCCCCAACCACCACCACCCCUGCCCCUGUCCGUACCCCGCUCCGGCCCUCCUAGGCUUGCCCACUUCCAAACGGAUCGAAGCUCCUCGCACCACCGGGGAAGCGGGACGUUUCUUCCCCAAGUAGCUCCCCACCUGGCUGGCUCCCUACUUGCGAUCCCGUGGGGGCAAAAGCCAGGGAGCCCGCGGGCGUGUGGCUUCCAGGAACUUUGUACCAAAAGGUGGUGCUCUCGUAUCGGACAGAUAGCUCCCCGGACUGGAAAGCCACCGCAGCGUAACUUUCAGAAGUAUUACUUUUUUUUCCUAUUGUUAUUUUAUACGUUUUAAUUUUGUUUUGUUUUUUUGUUUUUUUUUUAAAAAAACUGUAUAAGCUUGUAACUCUUACACUGCGGAAAAGGAUCCAGGAGAACCGUUGAGAAACUUCUUCGGAUUCACAUCACCUUUCGUCCUCCCCCUCCCUCCCUGCAGAUUUAAGGGAAAAAAAUACCCCUCUCUCUCCCUCUUUCUCUUCCCCCUCCUUACUUUUUCUCUCUGGCUGUCCCUUUCUCCUGCCCCCCCCUUAUCUAGUUCUCCUUUCUCCCUUCCU